CUAUUAUAAAGGAAAGAACGGGGAGGAAGCGCAACUUUUGCUUCAGAGUCUUUCAACGGUUCGAUAUUUCCCCGAACGGAAUUCCCAUUUCCCAUACCGGAGUUCCCGACGGAGAGCUCUCACUCACACGAAGAGAGAGAGAGAGAGAGAGAGAGAGAGAGAGAGAUGGUGUCGUACGUGAGCGCGCUGCUGUACGGAGUGGGCGGCUUAGUGGUGGCGGGGAUGGCCCUGCUAGUGGCCUUCCAGGAGCGGCUGGUCUACGUCCCUGUGCUCCCCGGCCUCACCAAGUCCUACCCCAUCACCCCCGCCCGCCUCCGCCUCACCUACGAGGACGUCUGGCUCCUCUCCUCCGACGGCGUCCGCCUCCACGCCUGGUUCAUCAAGCUUCUCCCUCAGUGCCGUGGCCCGACAAUCUUGUUUUUCCAAGAGAAUGCUGGAAAUAUCGCCCACCGUCUUGAGAUGGUUCGGAUAAUGUUACAGAGAUUGCAGUGCAAUGUAUUCAUGCUUUCCUAUCGAGGAUAUGGAGCAAGUGAUGGCUAUCCUUCUCAGCAUGGGAUUACAAAAGAUGCUCAGGCUGCCUUGGAUCACCUUGUUUCCAGGACUGACAUUGAUACAUCUCGAAUAGUGGUAUUUGGAAGAUCACUAGGGGGUGCUGUUGGAGCUGUGCUCACCAAGAACAACCCUGACAAGGUUGCUGCUCUGAUAUUGGAGAAUACUUUCACAUCUAUUCUGGACAUGGCUAGUGUUUUACUGCCCUUCUUGAAGUGGUUUAUUGGCAAAAGUAGUUCGAAGGGUCCUAGGAUUCUGAACUUCCUUGUACGCUCUCCCUGGAGUACAAUUGAUGUUGUUGGGCAGAUUAAGCAGCCAAUCCUCUUCCUCUCGGGAUUGCAAGACGAGAUGGUUCCUCCAUCCCACAUGCAAAUGCUUUAUGCCAAAGCAGCUGCCCGCAACAGGCAAUGUGUCUUUGUAGAUUUCCCUACCGGGAUGCAUAUGGAUACUUGGUUAGCUGGUGGGGAUCACUACUGGAGAACGAUACAGCAGUUCCUUGAGCAGCAUGUUCCAGAGAAGAGAGAAGAAAAUGAAGCAUCUCGGAAUGAGAAUAUCUCAGAUAUUGAUUCUAGCUAAAGCGAUUCCGAUAUCAAUGUAGAAGCCCCUGGUUAGAGUGGUUCUUGCAGCAGCCUUGGGCUAUUUGGCGACUUCUCUAAGAGGUGUGCAGUAGCCUGAAGCUUUCUGUCUCUUGCUGCCUGGGGAUCCAUUUAAGGCGGUCGUCGUGCCGAUUUUUGCCGAGCUUACUGUUUUGUGUUUACACCCAUGGAUGAAGCCAAAUCUGUAAGGGCUGUGACUCUCUAUCUUAUUGUAUUGUCGUCAGGGGGGAAAUGCCUAACUGACCUGACUGAUAUAAUUUUUGUGCUGUAUGAAAAGAAAUUAACUGAAAAGAAAAGGCAGGGAAUAUACUGCAGUGGCAUAUGACGGAUGUUAUUUUCAAUUUCUCACACGGUUUGUCUGGCACUUUUGUAGUCGAAAAAUUUUAUGGUCUUGUAUACGAACUUGUGGUUUUUGAGUGUUUAAAUUUCCCGAUUCCGCUA